AUGACGCCAGCGCGCACCUUCACCUCCCACUCGCUCCCCAUCCCUUCCUCACAACGGCUUCCCACUCGCCUUGAAGCGCAACGCCGCGCCGCCUCUACCUCUGUCUCCGGCACGUGCGCGAGGCGCGCAGCGGGGUGGCGGAUACGAGCCAUGGCGGGCAAACCAGACGACAACAACUCCAGCAACCCCUCCGCGGAGUCGCAAUUCAUGCGCGAAUUGCGGCGGCGGCGCGCGGCCCAGUCCGCCAACAGCCAAUCAGACGCUGCCAGCAAGGCACCCGGCGCAGAAGCGGGAAGUGGCGCGGGAGGGGGAGCGGGAAUGCGCGACCAACGGGCGAUCUCAAAUGCGCUCAACAGUGAAGGGCUAGAGGGUCUACCAGCGCGAGCAGCGGAGUUGAUCAAGCUAGGCCUCUCCUUCUACCUGCCGCUCUGGCCGUUUGCCGUCGCCAUUAUCAUUGUCUUCACCGCUAUGUACCUGAUUCUGGGUUCAGAAUUUGUGCAUCCGGGAAAGAGCUACAGCGAGGGCCGGCAACCGCCAAGCUACAUCGACCCUUAUGAGUUGCUGGAGGAGGAAGAGAAGUACAUGGAAAGAAUCCCUUACGAUAUGAACACAUACUUAAAGGAUAACUACGAUCCUGAACUUGAUGGGUGA